AUGUCAAAUUGGCCUUUACCAAAUUCACAAAUUCGACAUUUUCUUCGUGAACUUCCAAAAGGUUCUACUGGUCACCCAUUAGGUCCUCUUUGGCAAGCAUUUGAUCCAGUAAAGACUGACAAAAGGCUUAAAGCAAAAUGUAUUUUUUGUAAUUCUGCUAAUGCUAAGCCUAUAUCUGGCACUGGAGAUUUGGAAAAUGUUUUGUUACAAAUUGGAAUUGAAAAAAUCAAUGUUAUUGUUACAGAUGGUGUUGCAAAUUAUAUACGUAUGAAAAUUAUACUUGCACAAAAUCCUCAAGCAAUUGAAUAUAUUCGAGCACAUACCUGUAAUAAUACUUUUCGAUUUUCACUUCCAACUCCUACAAGGUGGAACUCAUUCUUUGUAUCUUUACAACAAGUACAAAAUAAAAAACAAUACUUAAAGAUUACAGUUAAAUGA